AUGGUCGUUGAUACGAGCUACUAUGACGCUCUCAAUGUCAAGACCGAUGCUACCGAGCUCGAGAUCAAAAAGGCAUACCGAAAACUUGCCAUUACGACCCAUCCUGAUAAGAACCCUGGCGAUGAGACUGCUCACGCCAGAUUCCAGGCCAUAGGCGAAGCUUAUCAGGUGUUGAGUAACAAGGAACUUCGAGCUCGAUAUGACAAACUCGGCAAGGAGAAAGCUCAACCAGAGUCGGGUUUCGAGGACCCUUCAGAGUUCUUUGGCAUGAUCUUCGGCGGCGAAGCUUUCGUGGACCUGAUAGGCGAGCUGAGCUUGAUGAAAGACCUGACAAAGACUAUGGACAUCACCGCCAAGCAAAUGGCGGAAGAAGAAGCUGCCGAGUCGGCUGAAGCCAAGUUGCAAAACAAGGACGAGAAGGAUGCGCACCACCAGCCUCCGCCAGCAGCACAAGAUGCAGCUGCGGCAACUCAUGAUACAAAGUCCUCAGCACCACACGACCCCAACCUCAAACCCCCGGGCCCACCAAUACCUCCAAGAUCCCCAUCAGCCUCAGGCACCUCAACACCAACCUCUCACCCCAAGCCCCGGCUGGGUCAGCAAGCGCUCAUGGACAAAAGCGAAGAAGACGCCCGCAUGGAUGCCGCAGGCCUAACAGAACAAGAAAAAGAACUCCGGCGAAAAGAGAAGAAACGCGGCCUGUCCAAAGAGCAACGAGAAGAGCUCGCAGCCUACGAAGCAGAGCGAAAACGCAUCCGCGACGAGCGCGUCGACACGCUCGCAAAGAAGUUACUCGACAGAAUCAGCAUCUGGACCGAGACCGACAAAGGCGGCGACGUCACGCGGGCAUUCCAAGAGAAAACACGCCUCGAGGUCGAGAAUCUGAAAAUGGAAUCUUUCGGCCUCGAAAUCCUUCAUGCUGUCGGCUCCACCUACGUCUCUAAAGCGACCAGUUUCCUCAAAAGCCAAAAGUUCCUCGGUAUCUCGGGCUUCUUCUCGCGAUUGAAGGAUAAGGGCAACCUAGCGAAGGAUACAUGGAGUACGAUCUCCACAGCCAUCGAUGCGCAGGUGACGAUGGAGGAGAUGGCACGAGCGGAAGAGAAGGGCGGGGACGACUGGACCGAUGAGCGGAAAGCGGAGAUGGAGAGGCGGGUCACAGGGAAGAUCCUCGCGGCAGCGUGGAAGGGGUCACGAUUUGAGAUCCAGAGCGUGCUGAGGGAUGUGUGUGACAAGGUGCUGAAUGACAAGAACGUGAAGAUGGAGAAGAGGGUGGAAAGGGCGCAUGCGUUGGUGUUGGCGGGGAACAUCUAUUCGAUUGCCCAAAGAGACCCCGAUGAAGAAGGCGACUACAUGGCCUUCGAGCAGCUAAUGGCCGACGCACAAAUGAAGCGGGACAAGAAGAAAGAAAAGAAAGACCCUGCCGCCGGCCCUACCAACCCCACUGCUCACCCGUCCACCUCUACGAACCCCAACGCCCCCACAGCAGGAACGAAGAAAGAAGACCCGUUACACCAGCCAUCAUAG